AUGGCACCCUCUAGCCUACCAAGAACCCCUCGAGCCCUAAACACCCUUUCCCUCGACGUCGUCCUCCCGCCCCCAUCCCCGCUGCGUGUGGGCGCGCGCGUUAUAAUCCACCGCCUCACAAACCGUGGCUGCCCCGACGCACGAGGAGUAGCGAGGUACAACUCGGAGCGGGCCGGAAUUGAAGGGCCUAUCGUUGGAGUACGGACGAUGGAGCUGGCGAUAACCGAGUUCGUUGUUCAGAACGACAACCAGGACUCGACAACCAACUACGCCUACCUCACCGUACAGCACCUCCACGGCGAAACGGUCCAACUGGAGGCAUGGCGAUGGGCGUGGCGAACCCUCACUCUCCCCUUCCUCCACCACACGAGGCAUGCGCCUCUCGACCGCAAAGCCGUCCUCGUCCCAUGGGAGUACAGCAUCGAGCGCGCACUCCGGAACGGAGCAGAUAGGAUGGAGGAUGAUCACUAG